GUCUUUGUCUCAUGCUGCGGCUGGAGCUCCAUGUCUCUUCUUCCCUGGUCUCUGCCCUCUCCUUUUAGAGGCCGAGCCUCUGUGACCCUGUGACCUGCAGGUAUUGGAGAUCCACAGCUAAGACGCCAGGACCCCGUGAAAGCCUAGAAAUGGGACUGUUGACAUUUAGGGAUGUGGCCAUAGAAUUCUCUCUGGAGGAGUGGCAAUGUCUGGACACUGCACAGCAGAAUUUAUAUAGAAAUGUGAUGUUAGAGAACUACAGAAACCUGGCCUUCCUGGGUAUUGCUGCCUCUAAGCCAGACCUGAUCACCUGUCUGGAGAAGGAAAAAGAGCCCUGGAAGAUGAAGCGACAUGCGAUGGUGGAUGAACCCCCAGUUGUAUGUCCUCAUUUUGCUCAAGACCUUUGGCCAGAGCAGGGCAUGGAAGAUUCUUUUCAAAAAGUAAUACUGAGAAGAUAUGAAAAAUGUGGACAUGAGAAUUUACAGUUUAAAAAAGGCUGUAAAUGUGUGGAUGAGUGUAAGGUACACAAAGAAGGAUAUAAUGGACCUACCCAGUAUUUCACAACUACCCAGAGCAAGGUAUUUCAAUGUAGUAAAUAUCUGAAAGUUUUUAAUACAUUUUUAAAUUCAAACAGACAUAAGGUAAGACAUACUGGAAAAAAAUCUUUCAAAUGUAAAAAAUGUGUCAAAUCAUUUUGCAUGAUUUCACACAAAACCCAGCAUAAAAGCAACUAUACACGAAAGAAGUCCUACAAAUGUAAAGAAUGUGGGAAAACCUUUAAUUGGUCCUCAACCCUUCCUAAUAAUAAAAAAAUUCAAACUGAAGAGAUACCCUACAAAUGCGAAGACUUUGGCAAAGCUUUUAAGCAAGUCUCAACACUUCCUACACAUAAAAUAAGUCAUGCUAGAGAGAAACUCUACAAAUGUGAAGACUGUGGCAAAGAUUUUCAUCGAGCCUCAAAUUUUACAACUCAUAGGAUAACUCAUAGUGGAGAGAAACCUUAUAAGUGUGAAGAAUGUGGCAAAGCAUUUAUCUGGUUCUCAACCCUUAUUAAACACAACAGACUUCAUACUAGAGAGAAACUCUACAAAUGUAAAGAAUGUAACAAAGCAUUUAUAUGGUCCUCUACCUUGUCUAGACACAAGAGGAUUCACACUGGAGAGAAACCCUUCAAAUGUGAAGCAUGUGGCAAAGCUUUUAGCCAAUCCUCAACCCUUAAUACACAUAAGAUAAUUCAUACUGGCGAGAAACCCUACAAAUGUGAAGAAUGUGGCAAAGCUUUUAAGCAACUCUCAACCCUUACUACACAUAAAAUUAUUCAUGCUGGAGAGAAACUCUACAAAUGUGAAGAAUGUGGCAAAGCUUUUAACCGAUCCUCAAAUCUUACUACACAUAAGGUAAUUCAUACUGGAGAGAGACCUUACAAAUGUGAAGAAUGUGGCAAAGCAUUUAUCUGGUCCUCAACUCUUACUAAACAUAAAAGAAUUCAUACUAAAGAGAAACCCUACAAAUGUGAAGUAUGUGGCAAAGCAUUUCUAUGGUCCUCAACCCUAACUAGACAUAAGAGGAUGCACACUGGAGAGAAACCCUACAGAUGUGAAGAAUGUGGCAAAGCUUUUAGCCAAUCCUCAACUCUUACUACACAUAAAAUAAUUCAUACUGGAGAAAAACCUUACAAAUGUGAGGAAUGUGGAAAAGCCUUUAACUGGUCCUCAACUCUUACUAAACAUAAGAUAAUUCAUACAGAAGAGAAACCCUACAAAUGUAAAAAAUGUGGCAAAGCCUUUAACCAGUCUUCAAUCCUUACUAACCAUAGGAGAAUUCAUACUGGAGAGAAGCCCUACAAAUGUGAAGAAUGUGGCAAGUCUUUUAACCGGUCUUCAACCUUUACUAAACAUAAGGCUCUGAGGCGGCGGGGACUUAAACCUUAUCCAAUUAGCGAGGCUGCUCUGGGAACCGUCCAAUCAGGCACGGAGAAAGGCUGGCUUCCGGGAUGUGGCGGCGGAUUUGUCUCUCGCUGCAGCCGGAGUUCGGGUUUUGUCUUCGCUGUCCGCUGCUCUUAUAGGUCCAGCCUGUGUGAGACCUGCUGGUACUGGAGAUCCACAGUUAAGACGCCAGGAUCCCCCGGAAGCCUAGAAAUGAUAUGGCAAGGAAGAUUGCCUUCCCAGCUGCUUCUGAAAGCCUACACGUAACUAAGGAUAUCGUGAGCACCAGCUGUAGAAAAUCAGCAGGAUGUACGCGCGAAAACUUGAAUCUUUAUACAUCAGUUUUGUAAGGAAAGACUCCAGAGUGGGGCCAGACCUAAAUAAGGCCUCCAAAAAGGGUGAAUCGGAUCAGAACUGGGGCAGGGAGAAGACCCUAGGUAGAAUUUGUUGUCUAUGCCUCUGGGGUACUUCCAGUUCUGUUUUUCUUAAGCUUACCUAAAAACUUACAUCUCAGAGUUUAUGUAAUUUUAAUGGAUUUUGACACUGCUGUUAAUUUUAUACCAUAUAUUAAUAAGCAUUUUUUUAACAUAAACUCAAAAUUUUAUUGUCUUCAUUAAAAAAAGUUGACACAGAACUG